AUGCCUUUCCAGCUAAGUCUUCACCUUCUGAGCUUUCACAGGAUGAAACUACUUAUACUGCUCCUCUUUGCUGCAACGGCGGCUCACGCAUGGAGGGAGCUCUUCCAUCCACCAUUCCUGAAGGGUCUCAGACGGACUGCUCGAGACGAGUACUAUAAGAUCCUUUUCAACAAGUCAUUGACAAUCGCUGAGCAGAAGGAGCAGAUCAUGGCCUGGGCAAAGAAAUACAACAUUCAGGUUUACAGUGUGCUGAAGUUUGCCAUGGAAGAGUCUAUGCAUGAACAUGGUCCACAUGGUGACCAUCCUUUUGGUCCACCUCCUCCACCAUUUCCACCACAUGAUGGAACUGGAACGACGGCCCUUCGGGUGGAUGGCCUAGAGGAGGACAAAACGGUGGGCCUCCCGGUGGAUGGCCUAGAGGAGGACAAAGCGGCGGCCCUCCAGGUGGAUGGCCCAUUGGAGGACAAAACGGUGGACCUCCCGGUGGUUGGCCGAUGGGAGGAGAAGAAGGCGAUUUCGGUCCAUUUGACCCAUGGCAGAAUGGAUUUCGUCCGGAUGGCCCUGAAGAAUUCGGGCCAGGUCAAGUCUUACAGGAUGAAACUACUUAUACUCCUCCUCUUUGCUGCUACAGCGGCUCAUGCAUGGGAAGAGAUUUUCCAUCCACCAUUCCUGAAGGGUCUCCGCAGGACUGCUCGAGACGAGUACUAUAAAAUCCUUUUCAACAAAUCAUUGACAAUGGCUCAGCAGGAGAAGCGGAUCAUUGCCUGGGCAAAGAAACAUCACGUUGAGAGACAAGCACUCGCUUUCUUCACUAAGAAGGCGCAGCACAUGGAAGAAAUGACGCGGAAAUUCACGAUGCUGAUCAAUGAAUUGCCAAAAGCUGUCGCACAUCUGACCAAAAUAAUAGGGAACAAAAAACAGACGUUCCUAGAAAUGAUGAAGACCAUACACGAGUUGAAGGCCAAAAAUCCAGUGGUUUACAGAAUUCUGAAGUUUGCCAUGGAAGAGUCUGUGCAUGAUUAUGGUGCACACGACCAUCCUUUUGUUCUACCUGAUCCACCAUUUCCACCACAUGAUGGUCCUCUACCUUGGCACGGAACCUGGGGUCAGCCUUGGGAGAGGGACUGGAACGGCGGCCUUCCAGGUGGAUGGCCCAAUGGAGGACAAAACGGUGGACUCGGUGGAUGGCCGAUGGGAGGAGAAAAUGACGGACAUUUUCCCGGUGGAUGGCCUAGGAGAGGACAAAACGGUGGACCUUCCGGUGGAUGGCCGAUGGGAGAAGAAGACCAAAGUGGUUCAUUUGGUCCAUGGCAGAAGAGGCGCUUCGGUGGAUUCCAUCCAAAUGGCCCGGAAGAGUUCGGACCACGUCCAAGUACGAUUCUGAGAAGGCGGUAUCAGUGCGGCAAAGGAUAG